GAAGUAGGCUCGGGAUUUGCUCCGGAAUGCCGUUCGCCAUGUCCUAGCCUCCUUCCCUCUUAUUUUUAUUUCCUUACCUCAUUUCAAAUCCAGGCACCCCCCCACCCUACCCCCACCCCACCAGAGUGAGAGAUGAAGAGCGAUGGCUAAUUAGGCCUAAAGCGCUGUACAGAUAGAGAGAGAGAACCGUGUAGUGAGAGAGUCGGGAAGCAACAACGAUGUCGGAGAGGGAUGGUUUUCUGAAUCUCGACACGCAGAAUGCUGCUGCAAUUGGAUGUUAUAAUAAAGACGAGAAAGCAGCUAGGCUGUGCCCUCAGAAUUUGGCCAGGCGGAAGCUGGCUGACAUUAGCAACUUGCCUCAGAGUAGGCUGUUGAUUCAAGACCAGAAGUCUCAGUCGAUUCCUACAACUACUAAAGAGUAUAUUGAGCAGCUCCAGAAGGAAAAUUUGGCUUUGGCGAAGAUGUUGGCGCAGAGAAACAAAAUAAUUGAACAGAGUGGAAUUGAACUAGAAAGAUUGAGGUCAAAUUUGAUUAAAAUGCGGGAACAGAAUCAGCAACUAGCUCUGUCACACACCCUUAUGCUUGCGGAACUAAAUUCAGGUAAAGAUAGGUUGAAAACCUUGCAACACGAGCUUGGAUGCAAAAAUGGUUUGCUUAAAGCAAGGAAUUCCAAACUUGAGGUGAAUCUGAUUGAAGAAGAAGAUCCCUCAAAAGAUCAUAAAAAGCCUCGUAAUGCCAAAAAGAGACUGCGAUCACUGAGUCUGGGCUCUUCUGAACAGUCGCAGUCCAAGGAUAAUGCUGGAAAUAGACUUCCCACGAGGAGGCAAUCUGCUAGGUUCAAGGCUGUCGAACCAGAUGACGAUAGUUUGUCUGAAAUGUAUGAUUCCAAAAUUCCCAAAUGUCCGCUUCCUGAUGGAACAUCCCCAUCAACUUCUGUGGAUGCAUUGGCUAACAAUGAAGACCAUGUUGCUAAAAGACCCUCUGUCAGGAGGCAAUCCGCUAGGUUUAAGGCCGUCACACCAUGUCCAAUUCCUGAUGAAACAAUCCAGGAGAAUGGCUCAACUUCUGUUGAAACGUCGGUUAUUAAUGAAGGCCAUGCUGUACAAAGACCCUCUGUGAGGAGGCAAUCCGCUAGCUUUAAGGCCGUCACACCAUAUCCAGUACCUGAUGAAACAAUCCAGGAGAAUGUCUCAACUUCUGUUGAAACAUCAGUUAUAAAUGAAGGCCAUGCUGUACAAAGACCCUCUGCGAGGAGGCAAUCCCCUAAGUUUAAGGCCAAAAGACCAAAACAGGCAGAUGAUCUGUCGGAGAUGGACAAUACCAUAUCUACCAACUGUUCUUCACCUGUCCCAGAGAAUUGCUCGACUUCUGUGGACACAUCGGUUAAGAAUGAAGAUGACAGAAGCUGUUCUGGUCAGAGCUGUGAAUCACAAGGGUCUGGAAAACCAUCUUUAGGAAGGCCAUCUCGUGUGGCUGCGAGGAAGGUUCAAACCUACAGGGAGAUCCCUGUGAACGCUAAAAUGCGUAGAUCGUAGUGAGUGAACGAUGUUUGUAGGUAAGAAUUUUGUUGUUGUCGUCUCAUAUGUUGUUUCUUUUAACAUGAAGCUGCUAACUCCUACUGUAAAAUUUGGACAAGAGAUGCUUCCUUUAGUAUGAUAUGAGAAUAUGUAACCUUUUACUAAGCA